AUGGGUUUUGAUGCUUUAUCUCUGAUGUAUGAAGCAGGAUUCGAAGUGCAUCCAAAUGAUGAUACCAAAAUGCGUUGCACACUCUGUUUCACAUUUUCUCCACACAGCAAAGCAAGUCAUUAUCAGAAGAGAGGUGAUUCUAUAGCACUCCGACAUUGCUCAACUGAAACACAUGUACAAAAUUUGGCAAAACAAGUGGAACAGCUUGAGAAGGAAGCAAAACAACAACAGUCAUAUGCUGGUUCAUCUCAACUAAGCAAAGGCAUGGAUAUGCUUGAGGAACCUCCAAUACCAUCUUUUGUUUCUUCUUCAGAAAACUACAUUUCUAAUGUAGUGCCUGAGCUGGUUCUCAAUGGUUUGCAGUCACCAGUACCAUUUGACCCAGCAAGGGAAAAAGAAGACAUACAGUUCCAGUUUGAGCAGAUUAUCUUGAAAGAGAUUCUUUCUGGCUCUGGAGAAGAGAGUGAGGAUGCUAGUGAAACUAAUAUCAUUGAGAUACUUCAUAACCUCGGAUUUGAGGAUAAUGAACUGGAAGGAGAUGAUAACCUGUUCAACCCAGCUGCUAGCUCCGAACCUGUUGGUGCAUAUGCACCCUAUCCAAGUAAAUUAAUGAUGUUGCUUGAUGUAAUGGAUAACCUACCCCGGCUACGGCUCUCUACCACUCAUUUCAAACUUAUUAUAUGGCUAUUGAAAGAGGCAGGGGUUCUAAACGUACCAUCCUACUAUGCCUUUCGUCAAAUGCAGUCUGAGCUUCAGAAAGCUAUAGGAUGUGAGCCAAAACCAUUCACUUCAAUGCUGGGAAAUCAUUUCCAUGUCAAUGAUUUGAAGGCUGCAGUCCAAAGGAAUUUUUCUAAUCCACACAUUGCUCCUCACCUCAACUUCUAUCCAGAGGAGACAGAUGGACCAAUUUCUGAAGUCUGGCAGUGUGAACGUUGGAAGGAAUAUUCACCAUCUCAGCAUACAUCAAUGUACUCCUCCAGAGGGAAGCAGUUUUAUAUUGAUGAGGUUGCACAACUUCAUGACAACCAUUUUGUACUUCCUAUUUCCUGGAUCAAACAGGGUGGUAUCAUCUGUGCUGAUGCACAUACUGUAACUCAAGGAAUAGAUGGGAAUUGGGUUAAAGCUUCAGAUGUAAAUUCUAUUCCAGCAGCACAUUUCAAGUUCAACUAUCUUGAUAUCAUUACCUUGCGGAAUGGUCUCCCAAUGACCUGGAAUGAUCCACAUGCAAUACCUGUAAUGCCACACCCAUCUCGCAAACUUGUCCCAGAUGGAUAUGAUCUCUAUGAUGUAUUUUAUCCCUUGUGGGUUGAUGAUGUUUCUGGUAACAGAUCAAAGCAGUACAACAAACACAUCAACAUGUAUACUGUUAACUCCAAUCUUCCGGGGCGCUUAAUCCAACAAGAAUAUUUUGUACAAUUCAUAUCAACAUCCCCAAAUGCCACUUCCCCAGAACAAUUUGCUGCAGUGAAAGAGAUAAUUAAUGAAACACAUGUCAAGCCUAUUCUUUGCUACAAUGCAUAUACAAAACAGAUGUGUGGUGUGCGAGUCCAUGUUCCAGGACUUCCUGGAGACAAUCCCCAGCAAGCUGAAGAAGCUAGCCAUUCAGGUGGUAACUCCAAUCUUCUCUGUCAUAAAUGUGAUGCAGGAGGAACACAUGAAGUUACAGAGUCAAAUUCUGGCUACCACUCAUUAUACACUACUGGAGCAGCUCGCUCGGCAGCUCAGACUCGUGAUCGAAUUGUCCAACAGCUGAAAGCUGCUACAUUGGGAGUGAAGUCAACAGUGAUUGACCUGCAACGCAGUACAGGAACAAAGGACAAGGUUGCACAGUACUGGAUUGAUAUUUUGCUUGAGAAAUCACAGAAGAUGAAGCAUGAAAAUCCCAAUCGCACUGCUGAAGAAAUAUCCAUUGAAUUAGAGACCUGGCUAAAAAACCAACCUGGUGAUAAAAUCAAUCCAAUCUUGGACAUUGCCAAUCUAGACCUUACUCAGGAUACCCCCAUUGAGAUCCUGCACACCAUUUUGCUUGGUGUCAUUAAAUAUGUUUGGUACAUGUUCCAUACAUCAUUGAAUGAUCAGCAGAAGGCAUUCUUUGUGGUCCGCCUACAGUCAACUGAUCUUGAUGGACUCACAGUACCCCCAUUACGUGCAGCAUACAUGAUGCAAUACCGAAACAAUUUGAUAGGGAAGCAUUUCAAAACUUUGAUGCAAACAAUGGCCUUCCAUGUACAGGAUAUGGUUACCCCUGUGCAGUUUGAUUUGAUCAAAGCUGUGGGUGAGCUUGGUGCUAUGCUCUGGGUUCAUGAGAUUGACAACAUGGAACAAUAUCUGGGUGACCUUGAUAUCAUUAUAGGCAAUACCCUUGAUGCAUUUGCAGCAGUUGAUCCAGCAAAAAUUAUCAAGAAAGUCAAACUGCACCUUCUGCCACAUAUCAUUCCUGAUAUUUGCCGUUUUGGCCCCAUUAUCCGUAAUUCCACUGAGGGAUUAUGCUCAGUCUACAGUAAUGGUCAAGCCCCAAGCCGAGAUAUUGCACAGAAAUUCUCCGGAAUGGAUCGUAUGAAGCAUAUCCUCAGUGGGGGAUUCUGGUAUAGCAAUACUGUGGGCGAAUGGAUACAAGCAACUACCCGAGUUCAGAAUAUACUACACAGUCAUCCAAUUAUUCAACGCCAUUUAGGAUGGGUAUCCCCACAGGCAGUCAGGCAGGGAGCUAUGAAGCCAAUGGCACAGGCAAAAACUAAGCCUAUCACUUGGUUUUCAACUAAGGCAUCAUCAAUUCGGGAUGAGGACUGGAUAUUUUGGAAUCACAAUUUCUCUGUAAUUGCUCAGACAGGUGAUAGCUGUAGGAUUGGUUCCUGGGUUACAGCAAAAGAAGCAGAUAAUGGAUAUAUCAUUGGCCGGAUUGUUGAGCUUCUUUCCCCUGCUCCAAAACCACAGUUAGUGCCUCCAGCAAACCAUGUUACCAUUGAAAGAUUCAUCAUUGGGGCUGCCCAGCAUCAUUCAUUGGGUAUGCCAGUUCUGUACCGGUCUCAAAGUGAAGUCCUAUCGAAAUAUGUUGUAGUUGCACCUUCUGAUAUACUUUUCCGGCUAUCUGUACAGCAUGAUUGUCGGGGUGCACAAUCUUCAUUGAACACAAAAAAUGAUGACUGGUAUCUUAUCAAUACACAUGCACUCCAUAAUGCACAUUUAAUCCGCAAGCUACUUCCUCGGGAGCUUACAGCCCCUCAGACUCUACACAAUGAUCGAGAGGCAUACCAUUAUGAAAUUGCAGAGAAACUUCGGGUCUCGCAGACAUCAAAACGAGACACGGGAUGCCAACAAAAAAAAAGAGAGGAACAUAAUGCACAGAUGGCAGGAAAUCAUACUCAAAAUGCUGGUGAACUGGUAGAGAGUGAUGAGGAUGAUGAUGAUAGUGAUGAGAAUGGAGAUGACGGUGGUGAGGAACCAGAAUCUGGAUUUCAUAAUAAGCGCAAACGGAGAUAA